AUGGCUCAAGUUAUGGCUAUUAGAGAUAUGGUCCAAGCUAUAACUAUUAGAGUCAAGGCUGUUGGAGCCAUAGUUCAAGCUAAACCGUGGCUUUCAAAGCUAAGCCAAGCCACUCAAGCCAAUAACAAUCCUACAACUACAGUAUAG